AUGGAAAAGAAGGAGCAGCAGAAGGAGCAGCAGGGGUUCUACCGACGUCCGCUGCCGGACGUUGAACCGGCGUAUUGUGGGCUGGGCACGCUGGCCAUGGUGCUCAACGCGCUGGCCAUCGACCCGCAGCGGAUCUGGAAGGGUCCCUGGCGCUGGUUCUCCGAAGAGCUCCUCGACUGCUGCUCGCCUCUCGAGGUGGUCAAGAAGAACGGCAUCACCAUCUCCGAGUUCGUCUGCCUCGCCAUGAUCAUGGUUGAGGGUGAUGCUGACGACGACGACGAUGUGACAUGGGGCGGUUGGUGGUCGGUCAGCGCGCUGCAACGCGAUGUGGACCAGUUCCGGGAGGUGGUGCGGGAGUGCUCAGCCAGGGACGAUCGUCUCCUGGUCGUAUCCUACGACCGAAGAGGCCUGAAGCAAACCGGAUCCGGCCAUUUCAGCCCCAUCGGCGGGUACCACCCAGACAAAGACAUGGUACUCAUCCUCGACGUGGCGCGCUUCAAGUAUCCGCCCCACUGGGUCUCGCUCCCCACCCUGUUUGCCGCCAUGCAGACCAUCGACUCCGCCUCCCAGCGAUCUCGCGGCUACAUCAGCGUGACGGCGGCCCCGCAGCGGCCGCACAUCUUCUCGCGGAUCCGGGCCGGGUCGGGCGAGUGGGCGCAGCUCGUGGAUCGGCUGUGCAACCAGCUGCCCGCGCUCUUCGCCCACAACAGGCUGCAGCAGUCCGCCGCCGACUCGCCCGCACCGCCGCCGGUGGUGGAACUGCCCGAGUUCGUCGCGACGGCGCUGGCCUACAUCACCGCCCCUUCGCCCAGCCUGCUGACGUCAGCAUCGUCAUUGUCGUCGUGCGCCAUCAGCGACUUCUUCAGCACCUACGAGAAGGACCUCCAGGACCGUAUGACCGUCGAGCACCGGCAGAUGGUGAAGCAGCUCUUCGACGAGAUCCACUCCACCGACAUCUACCGCGCCCUCGACGCCACCGACACCGCGAGCAGACGCAUUGGCGGCGGCGGCGAAGCGGCGUGUUGUCGCGUCAGCACCGUGCACGAUGAAGACAGGAAGAAGCCAACGACUGCGAGUUCAUCGCCGGCCACCAUUCCCGGCGAGCUGGCGACGCUCAUCCUCUUCCUGCUCCUGCGACAGCUCGACGAGACCAAGCACCAUCAGCAGCAGCAGCAAGAGCAAGUGCAAGAGCCCGAAGCGGCAUCGUCGUCGUCGUCGUCGACUUCAUCGCCGGCUCCAGCCUGUUCGUCGUGCACGGCGUCGCUAGGGCCGAAGCAGCAGCAGCAGCGGCAAGAGCCCCACGACGGCUGCGCCCGGGCGAGCGAGGUCCGCUUCGGGGAGUCGGUGGCGGCGGCGUUCAAGCAGCUCGACGCGCUGCCGCUGGUGUCGGGCGAGGUCGGGUACCUGUGGGCCUCCUUCCGCAACAUCGCCUUCUUCUGCGCCUGCCGCGACCGACGCACGCCUUGCCACUGA